UCCGUGGCGGCCGCCCGAGACACGUGUGCCCGCGCCCGGCGGGCGUGCGGGGAAGCGCGGCCACGCCUGGUCCGGCCACCAUUUCUCCGGCGCCCACCGGUUCGAGUGCGGAGCCUGAAGCAUGAGCGGCGACUCGGAGCGCGCGGUGGCCCCGGGGGUGGUGCCUGCACCCUGCGCCUCGAAGGUGGAGCUGCGGCUGAGCUGCCGGCACCUGCUGGAUCGGGACCCACUGACCAAGUCCGACCCCAGCGUGGUGCUGCUGCAGCAGGCACAGGGCCAGUGGCUACAGGUGGACAGAACAGAGGUGGUGAAGAGCAGCCUGCAUCCUGUGUUCUCCAAGGUCUUCACUGUUGACUACUACUUCGAGGAGGUGCAGAAGCUACGGUUUGAGGUGUAUGACACCCACGGGCCUAGUGGACUGACUUGCCAGGAUGAUGACUUCCUAGGGGGCAUGGAGUGUACCCUGGGUCAAGACCUCUUCAGCAAGUCAGACCCCUUCCUAGAGCUGUAUCGGGUCAAUGACGACGGGAGUGAGCAGCUCGUGUACAGGACAGAGGUAGUGAAGAACAAUCUUAACCCAGUGUGGGAACCCUUCAAGGUGUCCCUGAAUUCACUCUGCAGCUGCGAGGAGACAAGGCCUAUGAAGUGCCUGGUCUGGGACUAUGACUCCCGAGGAAAGCAUGACUUCAUUGGCGACUUCACCACCACGUUCGCAGAGAUGCAGAAGGCCUUUGAGGAGGAGCAGCAGGCCCAGUGGGACUGUGUGAAUGCCAAGUACAAACAGAAGAAGCGCAAUUACAAGAAUUCCGGGGUGGUGAUCCUGGCAGACCUGAAGCUCCACAGGGUCCACUCCUUCCUGGAUUACAUCAUGGGUGGCUGCCAGAUCCACUGCACGGUAGCCAUCGACUUCACAGCCUCCAACGGUGACCCGAGGAACAGCUGCUCCCUCCACCACAUCAACCCUUACCAGCCCAACGAGUACCUGAGGGCAUUGGUGGCAGUGGGCGAGGUCUGCCAGGAUUAUGACAGUGACAAGCGGUUUUCUGCUCUGGGAUUUGGAGCCCGGAUCCCUCCCAAGUAUGAGGUGUCCCACGACUUUGCCAUCAAUUUCAACCCUGAGGAUGACGAGUGUGAAGGAAUCCAGGGCGUGGUGGAGGCCUACCAGAACUGCCUGCCGAAGGUCCAGCUCUACGGCCCCACCAACGUGGCACCCAUCAUCUCUAAGGUGGCCCGCAUGGCAGCAGCUGAGGAGAGCACAGGAGAGGCUUCUCAAUAUUACAUACUGCUGAUCCUCACGGACGGUGUGGUGACGGAUAUGUCGGACACUCGAGAGGCCAUUGUGCGUGCCUCCCACCUGCCCAUGUCUGUCAUCAUUGUUGGGGUGGGCAACGCUGACUUCACAGAUAUGCAAAUCUUAGACGGGGAUGAUGGAGUCCUGCGUUCCCCACGGGGCGAGCCUGCACUCCGAGACAUCGUCCAGUUUGUGCCCUUCCGUGAGCUAAAGAACGCGUCCCCCGCAGCACUGGCCAAGUGUGUGUUGGCCGAGGUGCCAAAGCAGGUGGUUGAGUACUACAGCCACAAGGAGCUGCCUCCUCGAAGCCUUGGCGCCCAGACUGGAGAGGCUGCUGCCAGCUCAGCGCCAUGAGGAUGUCAGGGGAGGGAGCAGUAGGUCCGUCCAUCUAUGGCAUCUCCCGUGCCCCCAGAAACCCUCAGAAACUGAUCACCCAGCCCUGCUCCUGUGUUCUGCUGGCCUGCAUCAGUGGCCUGGUCCCCAACAUGAAGAGAUCUAGACCUUGUGGCUUGACAGAAAUCAGCAGCUCCCCCAGGUCCAGGCCUCCCUGCACCCAACAGGCAAGGAGCAGGGUGUUCUGAAAGAACUGGGGCUGCAAAGAUGCUCUCCCCUCUUGCUUGAGGUCACUCUCCUGUCAAUCAUAGCACCACUUCAGAAGAGCCCUCAAGCCCAACUUGGCCUAGAGAGAUGGGUGGGCUCAUGCCUGUCAUAAUCCUGGCAGCUCAGCUAUGGAAAGGGUGGUGAAGGGGUGGUCGACCUGGAGAACCUUGCCAUUUGAUCGUGUGGAGAGGAAGUACCCCAAGCCUUGAGGACACCCAUAUCUGGGCACUUUGUCCCCAUAGGUUUCUCUGUCCUGUCUGGUGCCACUCCAACCUGUGCCCAUACCUGGGGCUUGCGGGGCCUGGGAGGCAGCUUAGGGUGUAAUAAAGUACCCCUCAUUCUCA